AUAUGUUUGUUUUUUUUAAACUUUUUUGAUGUUAAAAACUGUUAACUUUCCUGUUUUGCUGCCUCGAAGCUGUCAUCAAAUGUAUUUGGAUAAACAACAUAAUUUUGCUGUUAUAGGAACAUUUUAUUGCCUCUAGGAAACAAGGUAACAGUUGCCAAGUAGGUCUCUACUGUCUAUUAUUAUCAAAGCUGCAAUAAGGAAGACAAAAAGAUCAAUAACUAUAAAGCUGUGCUUGGGUGGGCACAAAGGGGGUAUGUGUGUUUUAUUGUUCUUCUGAGCUGCUUUCAUUGUGACAGCCAGUAAGCUCAUAAAAUACCUUGGCUUUACCAUUAAUCGUGAACUCAUCAGAGGAGUUUCUACAUUACAUCUUUUUAACCUUUAUUUAAAAGAUUUAUUGGGAUACAACAAAGAAUUGCUAAGUUGUGAACACGUUGACAGUGCAGGAAAGACCCUGUUAUUUUCUGCUGACGUAGAUAUGGGUUAUAAUGUUUAGAGUAACACGGAUAAAGAUUGCCACAGUAUGAUAAAACUGCUUACAUGCUUUUACAGUGAAGAGUACAAAAGUUCAGAGCUGGAGGAAGAGAAUUUUCUCCCUCUGUACCACACGAAGUCUUUUGUGUAAGGAGGGACCUGCACACUUAUCAUGUGAUUCAAAUGCGUGCUUGAUGAUCCUUUAAAUAGCCUGCAGGCAAGUAAGAUUUCAAAUACAGAGAGGAUAGGAAACAAGCAACUUAUUUCACAAUUCAACCGAAACCUUAGAUUAUGUCAGUGAAAAAAAGUUGCCAUAUUUGAAGAGGAUAUUAAGACCACUUCUGUUUUUCUGCUAGUUACUGUAGUUAAUGUAUAACCAAAGCAAAUGCCAUUUGACCCAUGUUGGUGCUUGCUUGUGUUGUAAGCCAGCCCCAUACAGCUGUUUUUCCUAUGGUAGAGAUAAAAACCUAGGUUUUUCCUAGGUAAAAUGUAAAGUUGUCCGCCCAAAUAUCCCUAAGCAAUAAACAAGUAAAUGUGACUAAUUAUACACUUGAUUAGUUUUCAGCUGAACUAACACACUUAUCUUUUUUUACAGUUUGAAGGGGAAAAAAAGCCAAGAUGUGUUGCUCCGGCUUUCUCAAAAUUAUGAUGUUUAUCUUCAAUGGUGGCAUCUUUUUGGCAGGUGCAGCCAUCCUGGGUGUGGGAGUGUGGGUGAAGGUGGACAGUGGUUCUUUACUGGCUAUACUGGACAAUGCGGACGACGCACCGUCUGGGAUAUCCCAGCUGGUCAACGUUAGCUACCUGCUCAUGGCAGUGGGUGCUGUGCUGCUAGUUAUUGGCUUCCUGGGCUGCUGCGGAGCGGUCAGGGAGAGCAGGUGUAUGCUGCUUACGUUCUUCAGUAUUGUGCUGAUUAUCUUCAUCAUUGAGGUUGCAGGAGCUGUGGUGCUGCUUGUCUUCCAGGGUUUGGCUGAUCAGCUUCUCCUGGGUCUGGAGGAUGAAGUUUUAUCAAGCAUUGAAAAAGAUUACGGACGCAUUGAUAGUCUGACCUCUCUCUGGAACGCCACCAUGGAGGAGUUUAAGUGCUGUGGAUUCAAGAACUACACAGACUUUGACGGCUCCCCUUUUUACACUGAGCAUGGAGGAAAUGUUUAUCCACCCACAUGUUGCAAUGCAACCCUCAGCAUGGGUAUAUGUGAUAAAAACAAUGCCCAUUUUUCGAUGGUUAAUGGCUGCUUUGACAAGCUGCUGCAGCUGAUAGAGGACAACGCUGUGAUCAUUGCAGCCGUGGCUCUAGCCAUUGCUGCUCUUGAGGUACAGAAAACAGCCCAGGUUAUCGACAUCAGUCUUGAAGAGUUGUGUGUUCUUUUGCCACAAUUACUUUGAUGGAAAGGAGUAUGAGUGAAAUAUUUUAGAACUGUCACUUGGUUUACUAUAUCUCUAAUAUUGUCUUCAAAUCUCGGCCAAUUUCCUUACCUCCAUAUAUUCAUAUGCUCAUUAAUGACACUAGUUAUAUUUCACAAUUGCAUUUCAUUCCAAUAAAACAGGCAAUACAUAACAACUGUCCACAAAGGCAAUAUCAUAACUGUAGCACACUACUCCCAUCAUUGUGCUAACGUGUCACAGUAUUUAUCUGUGGACACACAUGUAAGUUAAGGCUUGUGUUGUAUUUUGGAAAACAAAUUUCUUUUGGAGUUUUUAUGGAGCAAAAUAUUUUAAAAAUUUCGAGUUUUUUGCAUGAUAUACGAGGUUGAGGCUUCUAAGGAUUGCUGAUCUUGAUUUUUGCCACACCAGUGACUCUUCACCAGCUUCACCAGACACAAACUCAGAUUCUCCUCUUCAUCAUUUUCUGGUUCUUUGUCCGUGAAGUUGACUUAUAUAUAUAUAUAUAUAUAAGUUUAAGGGGGGGGGUUCCAAUUAUUUUUUUCAACUCUUUUUUGAUUUGGGAAAGCACAAAUAGAUACCCAAGUCCGUAAAGUCACUUGAAUCAAUAUUCCAUCCUGUUUCCACAAAGAACAGAAGAAUGUGAUUAAAGAAGGUAGGAUUUUACUGUACUAUUUAAUGAUUCUUAAACUAAGGCUGUUAAAAGCCUUUUUUUUUUUUUUAAAUGUACCUAAUAAACAUGAAAACAGUUCAGUUGUGAUGAUAUGUGACCGAAAUGUAUAAUUCUACAGAAUAUAUUCCACAGAAAUGUAUCAAUUUGUGCGAUCUACAACCUAUAUCUCACCUCCAUUACACUGUGUUUAGAUGAAAUGUUGACUGAACUGUUAUCUUUACAGAUUGCUGCCAUGGUGGUUUCCAUGGUUCUCUACAAGGAGAUUGGCAACAAGGUGUGAUGUUUCCUGCUUGCGAUGAGAUGAAAACAUUGUAAUUGGUGGAGAAAUUUUACUUGUAAGCAGUUUUUUUUGUAUAAAGUUUGUUUGGUUUUUUUUGUUUUCUUUUUUAUUCAAAACAGACAGAUAACCUAAAGCAUGCAUGCAUUUUUGGCAUGUAGAUCAUUAAAACCAAAGAUGGAGAGGUAGUCGGUUGAGCUACUGUGUACUUGGUUUUAAAACUGUAUCUGAACACGUUUAUACUGUGAUUUAUUUAUGCUUUAAGAGGGGCUGUUGUCAGCUGACAGUGAAUGUGCUGAUACAAACGGCCAGUAACAUGUAAUGAUGCACAGUGCAGAGAAGGAUCUGCAUAAGUUUUGUCAGUUGUGUCCGUCUCAUGCAUUCACUGCAAUAAUAUAACUAUAUUUUUGUAUGUUUGAUCAUAUAUA